GGAGUUAACUUUGAAACGUGUCAUUAAAAUAUACAUGUUUGCUUUAUUUAUUGAGCGUUUAUUCAACCAGCCGUGAACUUUUUUACGAAUAUAUGAUAGCUCAGUGAUUUUAAACCAGGAUGUAAGCGUUUAACAUGCUUUAGUGUAAACCGACUGUUUUCAAAAAGCGUAUUUUUCUGUGACCUAAAUAUUUGUUUCGGAUAGCGUCAUUUUAAAAAUUAAGAACAUAUUUCCACUAACCUAACUGAUGGCUUUAGAUCCAAUAAUCGCGCGUCAUAAAUUAUUACUAACAACAAUUAAAGACGAGUUUGACACUGACAGUAGCGAAUAUGCUAGUUUUAUAGAACACUUUAAAGGAUACGUUCCUCGUGGACAACUUGCUGCAAAGAAGGAAUUACUGGGUAAAUUUGAUGCAUUGGCGUCAAGAGGACAUUUGGGACCAGGGAAAUAUGAUGUUUUAAAAAAGAUCAGUGAGGAUAGCGGCAACAAUAACAUAACUACACUGAUUGAAAAAGCAGAAGAAGAUAUAAGCGUACUUCGUAAAAGUUCAGAUAGUAAUGGCCAGCAGGGCUCAAGCACCGCACCACCGAGGUCAAGACCGACAGGACGAGAUGCUACAAACGAUGGACCAUCAUCCAAACGUGCUCGAACAGAGUUAGAUAACCCAGACCCACUUUAUCGUCGUCAUGGCAACCAUGGGUAUUGGGACAACACAGGGAAAAAAGGUUUAUUACUGAUUCUUAACUUCAAAGAAAAUAGAGCAGGGACAGAUUUGGAUGUGGACAGGUUGAAAGAUUUUUUUGGUCCAGCUCGACUGAAUUUUGAAAUAUUGGAUCCAAGGCAAGGAGAACUACAUGAUUUAUCGACAAGCCAAGUGGAAGCAGCUCUAGAGUCUGUUCAAAAUAAACUGAAUGACAAAUAUCACAAACCUUACUACUGCUUCGUGUGCGUUAUUUUGAGCCAUGGUGACGAGGUAGGAAUAAAGACCAGGGGAGAUGGCAGAAAGUCAAUAGACGAAAUACAGAAAAGUUUCAAUAACAAAAAUAUACCUAACUUUGCAGGAAGACCUAAACUGUUUUUCAUACAAGCAUGUAGGGGACAUAGAGAUCAAACUGGACAAUAUGUAGACGACUCAGAUGAUGCUCAGGAGGAUGAAAACAAUGCAAACAAUGGCAAGGACGAGGCUGAUGACCUAAUACACAUUCCUACAGAUGCUGACACUCUUACUGCUUUUGCCACCACUUUAGGUCACAGAUCAUUUAGAAGAAGUGGUAUCGGAUCAUGGUUUAUCACAGAGUGUAUGAACGUGUUCACAAGAGAUCAUAUACAAGAUCAUGUCGAGGAGAUGCUGAUUACAGUUCGAGAGAAUGUUGCUUUAAAUUGGGUAAAAGAUGACGGGAAAACUAAGCAAAUGCCGUGUGUGACUAGCACUUUAACUAAACGGCUUAUGUUCACAAAGUCUGAGUAGCUUUCUCAACAUUUGCCUUCUGUUGUACAUGUUUUUAUUGUAAUGUCACUUGUACGAGAUAUGUUUCACUUAUUGUUUGAUUUCAUUUGUGUUGUUUUUGAUGAUAUAUAUAUGAUAUAAGAUGAUAUCUCUUCAUUAUAAUUGUACAUUUAAGUAUAAUGCCUCCAGAUUCAUGCUAAUUUUUAUGAAAAUUUAAAAACAUGAUCACAUGUAUCUAAAAGACAAAUAUUGUGAAAAAGACAAAAAAUCAAUUUACUCAUUACUAAUGACACUUACAUCAGGCAAAAAUUGCUGAGAAGAAGUGAAAAUAUGCAAAAAUAACCCUUAAUUCGUUAGUCACGCAGUAGAAAUAUAGUUUUAAAUUCUGAAAAAAAAUCCGUCAUUAAUCGCAUAAAUAACAUGUUUAUUUUGUAUUACUUUUCCUAAAAUCAUAGUACAUUUUUCUGAUGCUGGAUUUUAUUGAAAUAUUUUGGCUUAUCUGGAGGCAUGCAGCUUUUAAAAAAAACUUUUUGGGCGAGAUUACUUCUUCUGAAACAAAAUAUACUGAUUUUAUUGUUUUAAAAAUGAUAUGACUUUGUUCAAACGCAUUACGGUUUGAAUCAUUAUUAUGUGGUUGUUGUGACAUUGAUGAACUGACCCUUCUAUUCUUACACAUGUUAUGUCUUUAAAACAUUGCUUGUCAACAAUUUAUACUUUUUCUAAGUAUUUUGAACUUGGUGUAUGGGUAUGCUUUGAUGUUUUCUAGGGGAUGAAAAAAGUCUAAAAAUGUGAUUCUAGUCAUCUCAAUUAAAAUAGAACAAUAUCUUGUACAUGUAUGUUAUAAUGAUACAAUUAUGUUUAAUAUGCCCUAGACCUUAAUAAGGUUCAAUCAAAAUUAUACUCCUCAACUGUAAAUUUUCUUCAGAAUAUGAGAUAAUAUUUUUUACGAUGAUCGUAAGUGAAGGUAGAAUGGUAAAUUGUAUAACAAAAACUGUAACUUUUUCACAAUCUAUAUCUAGUUUUGGCCAUCACACUGGACUUACAAUGUUUAACAUUUAGCUUGACGGAACCGAAAGUGGUUAGUUUUGCAAACAGUAUGGAGGCAGGUCAGUAUGUCCAUCAGUCUUACAAAGCUUUAUAAAGUCCAGUGUGUGAUACAAUAUUCAGUUUAUUUAAAAAACUGUUGAACAUCAUCUAAAUGAAAGACUCUUUAUGUCUUUUAUCACCUUUCAUCUAUAUAUUGGCUACUUAAAAACAUUUGCGGAUUUUAGCUCGUAAUUUCCAAAGUAUGCAUGCGCUAUUGUUUUUAUCAAUUAAGAGAUAUGUUAAUAUUCUAUGUAUCGAAGGUCUAAUUAAGAAUACUUCAUUAGCGUUUGGCGUGCAGAUUUCACCUUUUUAUUUCAAAAGUAUUCAUAUGUUUUUAUCCAUUUAAAGUUAUAUAAAUAUUCAAUGUGUCUAAGGUUUAAGAUAAGGCAGCAAUUUAUAUGUGAACAUAUUGUUGAUCUCUGGUCCAGUUUAUAUUUGACCAUCUUACAUUUAAAUUAUGCUUUGAUCAUAAAGUUUCAGUCUUUUUUGGGUACAUUACGCAAUUAUGAAUAUAGAACUGUAGUUGUUAAUAUUUGAGCCGUGUCAUGACAAAACCAACAUAAUGGGUUUGCGACCAGCAUGGAUCCAGACCAGCCUGCGCAUCCGCGCAGUCUGAUCAGGAUCCAUGCUGUUCGCUUUUCAACCCUAUUACAAGUAGAGAAACUGAUAGCGAACAGCAUGGAUCCUGAUCAGACUGCGCUGAUGCGCAGGCUGGUCUGGAUCCAUGCUGGUCGCAAACGCACUAUGUUGGUUUUGUCGUGACACGGCUCAUUUCUUGUUUUGAUCAUUUUUGAAUUACCACACGAUGCAUACAUUUAAUCAUUUAUGCACGUAAAAUACUUUCUGACUAUUUUGUUUCGAUUUAAACUGAAAUCUAUAAUUAUUUCACUUACAAUAAAUUUUACUUUUAAGGAUCUUUUAUUACUUUUUUCAAUAAUCAAAUCAAAAAGUUUUUAUUCAAUAGACAGCUCGGGAUUUCUUAUUCAAUUUUUAAUUGUCUAUAUUUUUUCGAUAGAUAUAUAAAUCUAAUUUGAUAUUUUUACUUUUGUUUUUACUCACUUAAUUUAAGUAUAUUGGUAUUGUCUUUGAGUCUCUCCAUGUUAUUACUUGUAACUAUUUCAUAUGUACAUAUAAUAAAGAACAUCUAUCAUA